AUUUACAUUUUAUAAUUUCUACUAUAAUUUUAUUUUCCACUUUCUUCAAUGGCAUCCAUAACAAAUAUCCAAGAAUUAUCCAAAGAUCAUGAUAUAGAAAAACAAUCGAACAAUAUGGAAGUAGAACAAAACCUAGAGGUUUUAAUAGUAGAUUACUCAAAAAGAGCACAAUGGCUUAGGGCAGCAGUAUUAGGUGCAAACGAUGGAUUACUCUCAACAUCAUCUUUAAUGAUGGGAAUAGGAGCAAUUCAUCAAGAUUCAAAGUCCAUGAUCCUCACCGGUAUCGCGGGGCUCGUAGCAGGAGCAUGUAGCAUGGCUAUAGGUGAAUUUGUGUCCGUUUAUUCGCAGUAUGACAUAGAAAUGUCACAAAUUAAAAGAGAAAACGCGAUAGAAUUAUUUGAAGAAAAAAAGAAGAAGUUGCCUAGUCCUGUACAAGCUGCGGGUGCAUCUGCUUUUGCAUUUGCAAUAGGUGCAAUUGUACCUUUAUUAGGUGCUGCUUUUGUGAAGGAUUAUCAUGUGAGAUUAGGAGUUGUGGUUGGUGUUGUUAGCUUAGCACUUUUAGGGUUUGGAGGGUUAAGUGCAUACUUAGGGAAAGCACCAUUCGUUAAGUCUUCAUUAAGAGUGUUGAUUGGUGGAUGGUUGGCUAUGGGAAUCACUUUUGGAUUUACUAAAUUAGUUGGUGUUACUGGACUUUAUGGUUAAUUAAUUAAUUAAUUAAAACUAUAUAUAAUUUACUUUUACGUUAAAAUAAAUUAAAGGUCAUGUCCCAGUAUACCUAGAUUUGUUCUUUUUCUUUCCCCUUGUUAUAAUUACAUGUAUGUUGAGUGAGGAUUUUUAGUCAAUUUGAUAAUGUAAUGAAAGAAUCCGUUUGUUGUGCUUUUU